AUGUUAGCAUCAUAUAAAAAAGUAAAGCACCAGGCUAGAACUUAUAAGCAAAAAAUGCUUAUUAUUAAUAAAGUCAAGAAUGAUGGUGAAUCAAUUUCAAAUGUCAUGAAACAAUUCAACAUCAAGCAGUCAACAAUCUCCGCAAUUAUAAAAUCUUCGCAAACAAUUGAAUCAACAAUUAUUUAUUUUGCGAUAACAGUUAAUUUAACGGAUUUUUAA